CGCCCGAGGUCGCCGCGGAACCAGCUGGCGGUGACCCCUCAGGAUGAACCACAAAAGCAAGAAGCGGAUCCGCGAGGCCAAGCGGAGUGCGCGGCCGGAACUGAAGGAUGCGCUGGACUGGACCCGGCACAACUACUACGAGAGCUUCUCGCUCAACCCGGCGGCCGUGGCGGACAACGUGGAAAGAGCAGACGCGUUGCAGCUGUCGGUGGACGAAUUUGUGGAGCGCUAUGAGAGACCCUAUAAGCCUGUGGUUCUGCUGAAUGCCCAAGAGGGCUGGUCUGCCCAGGAGAAGUGGACUCUGGAGCGCCUCAAAAGGAAAUACCGGAACCAGAAGUUCAAGUGUGGCGAGGAUAACGAUGGCUACUCGGUGAAGAUGAAGAUGAAAUACUACAUCGAGUACCUGGAGAGCACCAGGGACGACAGCCCCCUGUACAUCUUUGACAGCAGCUAUGGCGAACACCCCAAGAGAAGGAAACUUCUGGAAGACUACAAGGUGCCCAAGUUUUUCACCGAUGACCUGUUCCAGUACGCGGGGGAGAAGCGCAGGCCCCCGUACAGGUGGUUUGUGAUGGGACCCCCCCGAUCGGGCACAGGGAUCCACAUUGACCCCUUGGGCACCAGCGCCUGGAACGCCUUGGUGCAGGGCCACAAGCGCUGGUGCCUGUUCCCGACCAGCACGCCCCGGGAGCUCAUCAAGGUGACCCGAGAGGAAGGGGGCAACCAGCAAGACGAAGCCAUCACCUGGUUUAAUGUCGUGCAUCCCCGGACCCAGCUCCCAACCUGGCCGCCCGAGUUCAAGCCCUUGGAGAUCUUACAGAAGCCCGGGGAGACUGUCUUCGUCCCAGGAGGCUGGUGGCAUGUCGUCCUCAACCUGGACACCACCAUUGCCGUCACUCAGAACUUCGCCAGCAGCACCAACUUCCCCGUGGUAUGGCACAAGACGGUAAGAGGGAGGCCAAAGCUAUCCCGGAAGUGGUAUAGGAUCCUGAAGCAGGAGCACCCCGAGUUGGCAGUCCUGGCGGACUCUGUUGACCUGCAGGAGUCGACAGGCAUCGCCUCCGACAGCUCCAGCGACUCGUCCAGCUCGUCCAGCUCCAGCUCGUCCGACUCGGACUCCGAGUGUGAGUCUGGGUCCGAGGGCGCCGGGAUGGCGCACCGCCGGAAGAAGCGGAGGACGUGCGGCAUGGUGGGCAACGGGGACACCGCCUCCCAGGACGAUUGCGUGAGCAAGGAGCGCAGCUCCUCCAGGAUUAGGGACACUUGCGGAAGCCGGGCCCACCCCUGAGCCAAUAGAGAGGCUCCCCGAGGGGGCUCCUGUGAGUGCCGGUGGUGGCCACCCACCUGGGUUUUCACCUCUUCUGCUCCUUCCUUCUCUGUCUCCUCUGAACCGGGAUAACUCUUCUCUGGCCCGGCCCUUCUCCUGUCAAGUGCUGUCCCUUCCGCACUAAGACUAGCUCACCAGCACGGAGGAGCCCUGAGGCUGACUCGGCCCAACCGCACACGGUACUGCGGUGGGGAAGGAGUGUCCAGGCCAGCUCCCGGGAGCAUCUUGUUGGUGAGGAGCAUCCGCAGCCACAGAGAUGUCCUGGGUGGUGACCCUGCCUCGCGUGAGCUGUGCCACGUGUCCUGUCGCGCUCAGCUCACCUGGAGGCGCGUCCAACGUCAGCUGCUCGGUACUGUUCACCGUCUCCCACCGCUCCAGAGAAGCUGCUACAUCUCGGGCGUUUUCCCAUGAUGCGGUUCAUGUUUGUGUGUGGUUCUC